AUGUUUGUUUUUGUUUCCUCUCUGCAGAUCUGUGUCCUCCUCUUCACCUGCCUCUACAUUCUGUCCUACCUCAUCCUCACUCACUUCAAGAAGAAUGCGGACUAUGUCACGGGUGAGUAUGGAUAUGUUUGCCUAGUCCCCCCCCCCCCCCCCCCCCCCCCCCCCCCCCCAAAAAAAAGGAACUCAGUCCGGCUUUCAACUUACUCUUGAAAGUUGCAAUAGUAGAAUGCAUAAGGUGCUAUUUCGAAAUUGGAUAGUGCAUCAUCAGUUUUCCUCUUGUCAUGUCAGUCAUUGCAUACUUUAGAGAGCUAUUUAUAACUUGUGAGAAAUGUCUAGAUAAAUUAGCCAUGUCAGCUAAUGUUUUUUAGCCCCUAGAUUUUGUAGUAAUGUUUGUCACUCAAAUUUCACAUUAGACAUGUUUAUAGAAUUGCAAACAAAUUAGCUUUAACACUACAAAAAUAAUUCUGCACCCCAUGACAAAAUGUGUAGAAUUGCAGAAAAUAAGCUUUACACCAGCAACAUUUUCUCUCUGCCUACAAGAUGGGUGUGAACAGUUUGUCAUGAACAGUGCUUGUGCCAUAGAAAUAAACGUGUGGGGGGGCAAGAUGUUCCCCAGUGCUGGAAGGGGGGCCUGAGUGAAAAAGUUUGGAACUCCUGGUAUAGCCCAUCGCCUGCCCUAUGCUAUAACAAAUGCAAAACAAAGGAGUUUUUCAAGUUGCUGUCAAUUUGAGGAUUUACAGUACUGUGCUUCCUGCCACUAAAGUUAAAUGUACAGUAUGUGCGGCUCUCAAGUGAACCAAAUCAGUGACGACAUCCAACACCUUAUAUCCUAUUUAGGGCUGUUGCGGUGACCGUAUUACCGCCACCCCGGCGGUCACGAGUCAUGAAGGCAGUCAAAUUCAACGUAACCGUUUAGUCACGGUAAUUGGGCUUCUCCAAGCUCUGAUGCUGCUGAUGGUCAUUAGUAUUCUACCAAACUUGCUAACUGCCUGGUACUCAGCACUCUAUUGUCCCUCUAUUCACUCUGACAUCAAUGCAAAUGUAAUCAAAAAUUUAAUCAAACACUUCAUGAGAGCCCAUGAGCUCAUGUUGCGCAACAUUUCUAUAGGCUAUGCAAUUGCGUGAGAAAACAGAGUGAUGGUCUCUAUUAAAAAGAGCAGGAUCCCAUCAGCUUUCUAUAGGCCUACAAUUUAUUUCUCAACUUUCCUAAUAUUAAGCACAUUGCUUAUCUUUACAACAGGAGUAUAGCCUACCUGGCUGGCAUGAAAAUGAACCGCGGGAAAAGCGUCCUCCAUUCGUUAUUUUAAGUGUAUAGAUGACAUGUAUUUUUUUCCCCUGCCCCUAUUUUGAGACGGUGCAUGAUAAUGGUUCAUUCUAAAUCAAUAUAUAUAGUACCAGUCAAAAGUUUGGACACUCCUACUCAUUCCAGGGUUUUUCUUUAUUUUUACUAUUUUCUACAUUGUAGAAUAAUAGUGAAGACAUCAAAACGAUGAAAUAACACAUGGAAUCAUGUAGUAACCAAAAAAGUGUUAAACAAAUCAAAAUAUAUUUUAUAUUUGAGAUUCUUCGAAGUAGCCACCCUUUGCCUUGAUGACAGCUUUGCACACUCUUGGCAUUCUCUCAACCAGCUUUAUGAGGUAGUCACCUGAAAUGCAUUUCAAUUAACAGGUGUGCCUUGUUAAAAAUAAAUUUUUGCUAUUUCUUUCCUUAAUGCGUUUGAGCCAAUCAGUUGUGUUGUGACAAGGUAGGGGUGGUAUACAGAAGAUAGCCAUAUUUGGUAAAAUCCAAAGUCCAUAUUAUGUCAAGAACAGCUCAAAUAAGCAAAGAGAACCACAGUCCAUCAUUACUUUAACACAUGAAGGUCAGUCAAUCCGGAAAAUUUCAAGAACACAUAGGCCUAUAUGUUUUGAUAAGGUUUGGAUCACAACUAAAGUGGCCAAAUAACUUCUUAAAAUUAAGCACAUUUAAUCCGCUUUACAAGUGGUGUAGAGCCUAACUGGCAUACAGAAGCAGCGCAUGAGUUUCAAGUUUGGGGAAGAUCAUUUCCACCAUAAAAAUGCACCUUUUAUAAUAAAAGCAUUACAUGCGUAAUCGCAUUUGUAGUCACUUUUUAUAAUGGUGUUUUCCCGCUAAUAGAACAUUUGCGCAUAAAGCCUACUGCUGUGUGCGCGUUGCUGGGCUUAUAAUGUGAAGAAAUAGCCUAAUAGUUUAUCAACAUUUUAAGCUAAACGUUCUGAUAUGUUGAGUCAGCUUCAUUGCGUAAAAAUGUUUUUUUUAUGCUAGUGGUUGUAUUAAUUUGGGAUCUAUCGCAUACCACAACUGUCUCAGACUAUGUUUUGGAGUAUUUAUUUAUCGCACAGAAUAGAAUAGGUCAACUUUUGUACUAUGGGGGAUAGUAGAUUGAGAUAGGCUAGUGCUUUUGCUGUUUGUUAGGCCUACUCAUCUUGUUGGCUGACGAAAAGUAAAUGUGGACAUUUCUUCCAAUAUAUUCAAUAUGCACCUCGGAAUUCGAUAAGAACGCGCGCAGUUGCGUCCCCCGACGUGUCUGUCUUCAUUUGUAGCCUGUGAGAAAGACCCGAUCACGUGAGCCAUGUGAGUGAGAGGUGCUUCGGAGAAGGGCACAACGCAGCACUCUGGGCCAAGGGCACAACGGCCACUGGCCGCAAAAGGCAUGGAUUUUUGUAGGGUGCAUUACGGCUACACAAAGGGGAUGCCGCCGGGAGGCAUUAGCAAGUGCUUGUCAAAUUGUGAAUGAGAGACUGAUGAAGUGUGCAGUCUGCGCAAAAAAAUCAACAAAGCAGAGCUCAUGCUUUUCAUGCAACUUUUUUCAAAUCAUCAUUAGUCGCAUCAUGCAGCAUUACAAUGUAAUAAAAAUCAAAACAUAUAGCCCAAUGUUUGUAGAACAACUAAAGAUGCAUGAAUAACUCUAAAUUAAGCAUAUAGGAAUACCUAGUUCUUUGUUAACCACUCAACACAGAAUAGUCGCAUGUGCGCACUCCCUCAAAUCGUUUGGAGAAAAUAUCCUUUCUAUUUUAUUCAGCUUUGUUCAAUUGUAUUCUUCAUACUAUAAAAUAAUGCCACGGAAUUCUAAGCAAAUCUUGUCUGCUAAAUAAACUAGUGUAGCCCACAGCCAUUUGUCAUAGCCAGAUCAGGACCUAACAUAAGGACAACUCAGAGUAUGCGAUUCUGUUCUUCUGAAAUAGACUACAUUUUCUUCAUGUUUCUUUAGACCGGUCUUAAAUAAAUAAUGGAUUUAUUGUGAAGGUGUAGGCUAUAUUACAUGGAUUUAUUAGACUUUUUUAAAUGUAGAUGUUCCAAAGAUCUGCAUCAGUGGCUUCUAGGCUAUGUGUGGAAGCCAGGAGAUGCUAAAUGUGUUUGUUAAUUAACGGUCAAUUACCGUGAGACCGACAGUUAUUUGCUUGACAAUCACCAGCUGACAAUUUUGUGACCGCCACAGCCCUAAUCCUAUUCACUUGAAUUGAAAGCCUUGUGUUGAAGUGUGGCUGUGCAAAUGCAAUUGGUUAUGUACCUUAUGUAAUCAUUCCAGUAAAGGCUGGUUAUUGAAAACCGCUGAAGCACAUCCGCUCCAACAUAACAAGCCUGGCCUGUAGCUGUAUCGCUCUGGCUCUGCAGAAGUUUGGCUAUUUGGAGGUGGGCCAGUCCACUGAGCCUAGCCAGCCAGUGUAUUUAUUGGGUUUUGGAAAGAGUCGGCUUAACCUGCUCUGCAUUAGGAGUACAGUGUUGUUUCCAAUGAAUGUCCUCAGCAGUCAGUCAACACCACCAGCAGAACAUUUGUGCCUCGCAGCUUAAUUUGAAUGGUGUAGUGUUGAAGAUGUGUUCUGUGAAUCGAUUGGGAUGCUGCGAACUGGUUUCUCUUGCUCCGUGCAUGUUUUUUCACUUCUUUUUCCACACGCUUCAGUUCCUCCUACUGACCUAUACAGAAUCUUGUUCUUUGUGUCUUGAACAUGGUGUAUUCUGCAUAUCUCUAUUUUUGAGGCCAACUACUUAUUUUCCCCCCUGUCCGUGUCGAUCGGUGCUACCUUAGUUUCUCACCAAUAUCUCGCACUGUUUUUCUAAGUAUAUCCCUCCUCCAAACACUCUAGGUAACAUCCAUUGCCCCGACACCAUUUCAACUCUUAUCUGUCUGGGUAAAGGGGUUGGAGGCUUCUGUUGUCAAGGUUUCCCCUCAGUUGUCAAGAUGCUCACAUUCCUUUAGUCAUUACUAGCUUGCCUCACUUGCCUGUUGGUAUAGCUGUGAAGCACUCACUUGUAUGUUUUCCACCAUUUUCCAGAUGACAUUGAAGAUGCAACCGCCAACAAAAUUGCGUAAGUAAAGAGCCGUAAUGAUUAACUGACCUAGCAGCAGUCUGCACGUUGACUCACUCAGUCUGUGAUUAGAGUGUCUGUGUGUGGGCAGAGUAUUUGAGCUAGUAUCUGAGUCGAUGUGGCAUAACGAGAUGACACAGCCUGGCCACUUGGCCUGUGUAACUGUCCUCCUUGCCCUUUGUCCUUUCGCUGAUAUUCCCUUCCUCCCUCCCCACCCAGAGCAACUAGCAUCCAAAACACACACACACUCAUAUAUACAGUGGGGAGAACAAGUAUUUGAUACACUGCCGAUUUUGCAGGUUUUCCUACUUACAAAGCAUGUAGAGGUCUGUAAUUUUUUAUCAUAGGUACACUUCAACUGUGAGAGACGGAAUCUAAAACAAAAAUCCAGAAAAUCACAUUGUAUGAUUUUUAAGUAAUUAAUUUGCAUUUUAUUGCAUGACAUAAGUAUUUGAUACAUCAGAAAAGCAGAACUUAAUAUUUGGUACAGAAACCUUUGUUUGCAAUUACAGAGAUCAUACGUUUCCUGUAGGUCUUGACCAGGUUUGCACACACUGCAGCAGGGAUUUUGGCCCACUCCUCCAUACAGACCUUCUCCAGAUCCUUCAGGUUUUGGGGCUGUCGCUGGGCAAUACGGACUUUCAGCUCCCUCCAAAGAUUUUCUAUUGGGUUCAGGUCUGGAGACUGGCUAGGCCACUCCAGGACCUUGAGAUGCUUCUUACGGAGCCACUCCUUAGUUGCCCUGGCUGUGUGUUUCGGGUCAUUGUCAUGCUGGAAGACCCAGCCACGACCCAUCUUCAUUGCUCUUACUGAGGGAAGGAGGUUGUUGGACAAGAUCUCGCGAUACAUGGCCCCAUCCAUCCUCCCCUCAAUACGGUGCAGUCGUCCUGUCCCCUUUUGCAGAAAAGCAUCCCCAAAGAAUGAUGUUUCCACCUCCAUGCUUCACGGUUGGGAUGGUGUUCUUGGGGUUGUACUCAUCCUUCUUCCUCCAAACACGGCGAGUGGAGUUUAGACCAAAAAGCUCUAUUUUUGUCUCAUCAGACCACAUGACCUUCUCCCAUUCCUCCUCUGGAUAAUCCAGAUGGUCAUUGGCAAACUUCAGACGGGCCUGGACAGGCGCUGGCUUGAGCAGGGGGACCUUGCGUGUGCUGCAGGAUUUUAAUGGUUUUCUUUGAGACUGUGGUCCCAGCUCUCUUCAGGUCAUUGACCAGGUCCUGCCGUGUAGUUCUGGGCUGAUCCCUCACCUUCCUCAUGAUCAUUGAUGCCCCACGAGGUGAGAUCUUGCAUGGAGCCCCAGACCGAGGGUGAUUGACCGUCAUCUUGAACUUCUUCCAUUUUCUAAUAAUUGCGCCAACUGUUCUUGCCUUCUCACCAAGCUGCUUGCCUAUUGUCCUGUAGCCCAUCCCAGCCUUGUGCAGGUCUACAAUUUUAUCCCUGAUGUCCUUACACAGCUCUCUGGUCUUGGCCAUUGUGGAGAGGUUGGAGUCUGUUUGAUUGAGUGUGUGGACAGGUGUCUUUUAUACAGGUAACGAGUUCAAACAGGUGCAGUUAAUACAGGUAAUGAGUGGAGAACAGGAGGGCUUCUUAAAGAAAAACUAACAGGUCUGUGAGAGCUGGAAUUCUUACUGGUUGGUAGGUGAUCAAAUACUUAUGUCAUGCAAUAAAAUGCAAAUUAAUUACUUAAAAAUCAUACAAUGUGAUUUUCUGGAUUUUUGUUUUAGAUUCCGUUUCACACAGUUGAAGUGUACCUAUGAUAAACAUUACAGACCUCUACAUGCUUUGUAAGUAGGAAAACCUGCAAAAUCGGCAGUGUAUCAAAUACUUGUUCUCCCCACUGUGUGUGUGUGUGUGUGUGUGUGUGUGUGUGUGUGUGUGUGUGUGUGUGUGUGUAUGUAUAUAUAUAUACACGAUACAAUACUGUAUUGUCCAAAUGACAUAAAAAUACAACGUACAUUUAAUCAAUACGACAGACACCCUCGUUACAGCACACAAAUGUCUCACUCACUUUUCUCUCUUCCUCUCUAGGCUAUGGCUGUGUACGUUCACCCUCUCUGUGGCAGUGUGUGCUGUGCUGCUGCUUCCCAUCUCCAUCCUGUCCAACGAGGUGCUGCUCAUCUUCCCUCACAGCUACUACAUGCAGUGGCUCAACGGAUCGCUCAUUCACGGUACUGAGCCAUGUUUACACCAAAACAACACCCAAUACUGCUCCACGUUUUUAAUAAUAAUAUGCCAUUUAGCAGACGCUUUUAUCCAAAGCGACUUACAGUCAUGCGUGCAUACAUUAUUAUUUUUUUGUAUAUGGGUGGUCCCGGGGAUCGAACCCACUACCUUGGCGUUACAAGCGCCGUGCUCUACCAGCUGAGCUACAGAGGACCACAAUCCAUAGUAGUUAAUUCACUCAGUCAGACCUCCCAUAGCCCCAAACAUGAACACCAUUCUGUUUUAAAACUGCAUUUGAAUGUCAAGUAUUGAUAGUCAAUGAGCUCCAAAACAAAAUGAAUGACUCAUAAUUAUGGUUUUGUGAAUCUAGCACAGUUGCCUGUUAUGUAAUAAUAUUCCAUGUUGUGGUGAGUCUUAGAGCUCUUUCACAGAAAUUAAACAUGAGCUCCACAAACUAGCAGUCAAAGGGAAGUGGGCCCCAAAUAUUAAAUCUCACGGAACAUUCAUAGGGAGCACUGUCAACUCUAGUCCCUCUAGCUUAUUUCCAGAAAGCUCUACAGAUGUUAGUGUACUGUAUGCCCCCCAAAAAGUUUUGCGCUUCACGGCAAGGCUGCACCUCACUGUGGUGGUUGUCUGUUGAUAGAUAUAUAUCCAUUUUAUGAUAUUACCUAACUUUGUAAUGAAAUGUUUUGACUAUCUUUCUCUCUUCUUUCUCUUCACCAGGCUUAUGGAACCUAGUGUUCCUGUUCUCCAACCUGUCCCUGGUCUUCCUCAUGCCCUUCGCCUACUUCUUCACCGAGUCGGAGGGCUUUGUGGGCUGUAAGAAGGGGGUGAUGGCGCGGGUGUAUGAGACGGCGGUGGUGCUGCUGCUGCUAACUCUGCUGGUGCUGGGCAUGGUGUGGGUGUUUGUGGCCCUGCUUAACAACCACACCGCCAGGGAGAGCCUCUACGGUGAGUUGAUCUUUGACUUUGCUAUUCAUUCAAGCCAUUUUGCAACUGUUCGCAAAGGCAAUGGCUAAGUAUUUUGAAGAAUUGAAUUGGUGUCCUUUAUUUUUUGAGAACCAGGUAUCAAAGUCCUUUUCUUAUGACCUGUUGUCUCUCCCAUCUCAGACAUGUGGGAGUACUACCUUCCUUACCUCUACUCUGCCAUCUCUAUGUGUGGAGUGCUGCUGCUCCUACGUGAGUACACCUCUACUAUGUCUCGUCCAUCUGCCUCACUGGCUGCUUAACUUGUGAUGGGUUGGUCAUGGCCAGAUAUUAAUGUGUAUGAAUCCUGCCUGACACCUCUUCCCGUCUCUUUGCAGUGUGCACUCCCUUCGGGCUUUCUCGCAUGUUCAGUGUCACCGGGAGCCUACUGGUCAAACCACGGGUGAAUGACAAUCCACCAACUUUUUCUCCCAUAUACAGACAAUAACCCAACACUAUAACAAUAACAUUGUUAUAUCAUUGACAAUCAUUGACAAUAACGUAGCAUUGUUAUAACAUUGACAAUAACAUAACACCAAUGACUCAAUGACAGCCACCCCCUGUGUUUCCUCAGCUGUUGGAGAAUGUGGAGGUGGUUAUGAACUGUGCUGCGUUCGAGGAGGCUUCACUCUCCAGGACACUCAACAGUGAGUGGGCCAGCGACAGUGGGCUAGAAUAGUCUAUCAACAUAGAACAAUUUAAUGUAUUUCUAUUUCAUUCUGACGCUUACACUGACUGUACCACACAUCCAUGAAUCAUCCUAGAGGUGGUGUUUGUGUUGACCUUGCUCUGUUCCUUGUAGGGGGUAGCACGGCAUGCUGGAUCAGUGUGAACGUGGAGCCUUUGAGGACGCAGUUCCUCAGUGUCCAGGCCGAACGAAUGGCCCUCGGUAAGACCAUCGAGAUGUCUAUAAUAAUACGGUGUUUUAUUACAUUCUCUAGGUAUUAACUGACUUACUAGGGUUAGAUCAUUCAUUGGAAGAUUAUAAAAGGCCUUCUUUCAGGCAUUAGAAAACAUUCCAGGAAUAGCUUGACUGCUACAGUCCCCUGUAGCUCAGUUGGUAGAGCAUGGUGCUUGCAACGCCAGGGUUGUGGGUUCGUUUCCAUUGGGGGGCCAGUAUGAAAAUGUAUGCACUCACUAACUGUAAGUCGCUCUGGAUAAGAGCGUCUGCUAAAUGACUAAAAAUGUCAAAUGUAAAUGAGAUGGACAGCAUUGUGGUCCUCCUCCUCAUCUCGCUCUCUCUUUCCCUACCCCAGAGAUGCGUAGGAGAGCGUCACCAUGGCAGCGGAACCUGUUCUACCCUCUGGCCAUGCUCCUGCUCCUAGCUCUAACGGUGGUGUGUGUGUUGGUGGUGUGUUUCCAUGUUCUGGAGCUCCUCUUCGACGAGACGGCCAUGCCUAGUGAAAUGGGGGUGAGGACUCUACUAAGGGGAAUAAGGGACUGCGUGAGCUGGAAGGGGCUUUGUAUGGACUAUUCGCUUUUAUAGCAUCUGUUCUAGACAGCCUGCUGUUGAUCUUAUAGCAUGUAGGGUGUUUACCCACUCUGCCCAACGUGGGUGAAAACACGCUUUGGUGAUAACAUUUCCCCUUCAUUGUGUUUUUAAAAUACAUUUUACCAAGAUAAAUAUGAUCAUGUUCAGUGGGGUCUUUCUUUAGCAAUACAUUAACAUUAUAUAUAUAAAAAAGUCGGAUUUUCUAAUUUAGUACAUCCGAUAAUAAGCACCGAGCUCUGUUAACAGAGCUGUGCAGCCUUCUCGCCAAAACCUUUGAGGAUUUUAAAUUGUGGUCGGCGUCUUUCACAGUUGGCCGCAAAUAGUUAAAUUAGCAUGACACGAGCUGAAUAAAGGCUUUGAAAAUAAAAAAUGUGCGGUACACUCAGUGCUCCGUCAACAUUUCAGAGAUAUGCUUGUUUUUGUGAGAAGUCUUCGAAAAAAGAACAGGAACUUCGCAUUAAUAUGAACAGCGUAUACUAAAAUAUGAAGAAUACUACAUGUCAUGUCGCAGAAUAGAUAUCUAUCUUUCCUCUAUAUUGUUUUAUGUCCCACCGGAUUUGAGAAGAAAGAUGACGAGUUCAACGGUGAGCCUGUCAGGUAGCCUUAAUUCUCGCACAGCAUCCAGCCUAGCUGACGCUAUGCCAUUUUCCUGGAUUAGUUGUUUUUUUACCACUUUUUUCUUUCUUUUUUUCUCUUGCUUAAUUUAGACCUUCCUACAAGGGAAAAAACUCCAAUAACCUUUGAACGGAUUAUGAUCGAGACAUGAGAUUUGGACCAUUGAUUAUCUUAGAGGAUUAUCUACACAAUUAACAUAUUAUUUUGCCAAUUGGUCAAAAUAUGUUUUUGAUUGGACACCCUAUACAGUAUGAGUUUACUCCCAUCUGCUCAGUAUUGAUAUGUUGAAUUCUAACGAUGCACAUUGACAUUGCCUCUGUAAGUUUGCUCCUGAAUAGCCUGUUCUGUCCUAUAUGGAGUGACUGAGGACCAUACAUUUUAUAUAGAUUUUCAAGACUAAACAAUUCCAAGGACAUAAACAUGUGGAGGAGGGAGGGUAGGAACAUUUUUAUAGAGGAGAACAGAUUUGCAAUGACCGUAUGUUUCCUCUGCGUGUAGGACCCUCGCCUGGGGACGGCCUCCUUCUCCAUGUUUGGUUCUCUGGGAGCAGCAGUGCAGGUGUUCCUUAUCCUCUACCUGAUGGUGUCGUCUGUUGUGGGCUUCUACAGCUCUCCUCUCUUCACCUCCCUGCUGCCCCGCUCUCAGGACACGAACCUCACGCAGAUCAUUGGGAACUGCGUGUCUCUUCUGGUCCUCAGCUCCGCACUGCCCGUCUUCUCUCGCACUCUGGGUAAGAGCACUCCCCGUUCCCCAGGUUGAGUUUCUAUGUUCUUGUCAUAUCAUAUAGUUGAACAAAAAGAGAUGCGAAGAGCCCCAUAGUGGAGGUGUCAUAUAACCCAUAAAACAUAGCAGUCAAACAGGGAAACGGUUGCAGUCAUUUCCCCACCAUUUCUUUUUCCAUAGGGGAUUUUAGAAACACUUAAAAUAAGGGCUGUGUUUCGUGUAGGCUUACAGUGGCUUGACGUUUUGAUAAUCAUGUAAAUCUCUCUAGGACAAGGUGACUGCCGACUGUUAUUAGACAGAGCUUCUGUUGUAGUAUCAUUUCUGAACACAAGAGGGCAUGUGUAUGCAGUCAAUCACUAUGAACACUGUUUGACCUUGGCCAUGGUCAAGUACUGUACUUCAGAAAUGCACCCUUCUUUCCUUCCUCUCUUGAGAUCUGAAUCAGAUGGAUUAGUGAAAGUAAUAUGGCUGUAUUGUCAAGUCAGAGGAUCUGAGCUUUAUUGCUACAUGGGGGGGGGGGGGGGGAAUGAAGAUAUGCUGAGCAGUUAAGCAGUUUAUAGACAGUCAAAUCUCAGUGUCAAACUAAUCACAUUCUUUCUCUUAUCUGUUCUUCAGGGAUCACACGGUUUGACUUGCUUGGAGACUUUGGGAGGUAUAACUGGCUGGGGAACUUCCACAUAGUGUUCCUGUACAACAUUCUGUUUGCUGGCCUAACCUCUGCCUGCCUGAUCAACACUCUCACCUGGGCCGUGCAGAGAGAACUCAUACGCGCCUUCGGUACGUAAAGCAAUCAAUCAAAUGUAUUUAUAAAGCCCCUUUUUACAUCAGGGCUUUACAGGAAUAUAUGUCUGUCUAUGAACCUGUUACCUGCCUUUCUAUAUGUUGGCCUUUUAUGUUUAGAUUUGAGAAUAAUAAUGCUUUUGUAUAACUUCACAUCUUCAAUUUAAAGGGAUUAAAAUGAAAAACAACUGUACAUGAUUUGUCCACCUAUCUUGGCUGUAGUCGACUCCCCCAAUCAGUUUUUGGAUAUGUAUCUUGCUUACUUAGGUAUUUGAUAGUCAUAUUGUGUUACUUUCAUUAUGCAGUAGAAGGGUUGUGCUAGCUGCCAAUAGUCGGUGUGUUUUCAGAGUGACUGUACUGUGAGCUAGCUAGCAAGGUGUUCCCUUCCCAGCUCUGGGCCUGGCCAUGUUUCCCAAUGGGCUGGUCUCCUUUCCUCAGAUAGAAAGGCCUAUACAAUUCUAUCAGGAAAGUGAAAGAGGACAGGAGGGGAGUAGGAGUCCCCUAGGGGCCUGUGGGCCUGGCCGCUGGGCGCCCUCCUGUGCCCCACACACACACACACACACACACACACCCUCUGCCCCUCCGCCCAACACAAACAACAGUUCGGAGCGUAGAGCUGUGGACACACACACACACACACACACCCCUUCCUCACGGCAUAGAUAGCAUCUCUCCUCUCCUGCUCCUUUCCCGCUACCUCCCCAACAGCUUUUGUUCUGUUCUGUGGUUGAUGGACUUUCUUUGCUCCCAAUCUUGCCUUUUUAAUCUUUAUUUUUCUCACUCUGUGUUGGAGGUAAUCAUGCCAUUUUGUUCCAUUGUUGGUGUUAAUUGUAAGUGUUGUAUGUGUUUUAUGUCUCUACAGGUCUCCACAAACUUCCUCUGACAGUGUCCCGCACAACCAUCCCCUUCAAGCUCCUCCUGGCAAAUGGCCUGUCAAAGAUCCAGUGA